AAAUAUUUACAUGGAAGAUCGCUUUAUUUUAACGUGAGCGAUUUUGAGUGUAUUUUCACUCUUCGGAAGUGGUAAAUUUCGCUGUGGUAUAUCCGUAAAAUGAAUUUAAGUCGUUGACAUUGCUAUAUAAGAGAAACUAAAACCGAUAACAUGUUGCAGAUGUGUUUAGUUGUUUGGUGUAUGUGUCCUCUAUCAAAAUGAUAUAUCAGUGCCUGUUGUUUGUCCUUUUCGGCAUAUUUUACGACACCUAUGCCAUCACAAUUAACGAAUAUCAUCAGCAAGAACUGUUGCAACAACACGAGCAUUUACCAGAAGGACAGAACAAGUACAGCCCUCCUAUUCCAAUACUGCAGCAAGAUUUCCAUUUGGAUCCCCAUGGUUAUAAGUUUAGUUAUAAAACAGGAAAUGGCAUUGAAGCUGAAGAAAUCGGGACGAUCAAAAACAAAGGGGUCAAAGAUCACGAGACAAUAGUUCAGCAGGGAAAAGUAACAUAUCACGAUGAACAUGGAAAACCGAUUACACUGGUCUACAUUGCGGACGAGCACGGUUUUCAACCGCAGGGCAAUCAUCUGCCCACACCGCCACCUUUACCCCCUAUACUUGAAAAGGCAUUCGCCGAACAUGCCCAGGCGUAUGCGCAAGAAGAGGCAUUUCAUAAAAAGUACGCUCACGACAAUCAGGAAUUCGAAUCAGAUUAUCAGCAACAGUACGAACAACAGGCACCGAUUAAUGAACAUGUCGUCGAAGAACAGGAACAGGUGCAUGACGAACAACCACACUAUGCCACUCAAGAACGUUAGAAGAUUAAACGAACCGAGUCCUU